AUGCUGCUCAAUCGGCAGCCGCUCGUCGCUGUUUUUUCAUGCCUCUUUCUUCUAAUCGUCGCGACGACGCCCGUCGCCCACGCGUUUCUCGGAUUCGGCGCCUCGUCGCGGGAUCCCGCCGUCGACAAAAAAUGGUCGCAUUAUCAUAAUCAGGCGGAACUUGAAGCGGCACUCGAUGAGAUCAACAACAAAUGUCCGCAGAUCACGUCGCUCUACGAAAUCGGCAAAUCCGUCGAAGGCCGCCCGCUCAUCGUCAUCCAGUUCUCGACAACCCCAGGAAUCCAUGUGCCAUUGAAGCCCGAAGUGAAGCUCGUCGGCAAUAUGCACGGCAACGAGCCGAUCGGUCGCGAGCUUCUGCUGCGCUUCGCCGACACACUGUGCACGGGCGCGAUCAACAACGACGCCGAGGUGGUGCAGUUGCUCAACUCGACGAGCAUCCAUAUUCUGCCGUCGAUGAAUCCCGACGGUUUCGAGUUGGCGCUCGCCACUGAGCCGUCGAAACGCCAAUGGCUGACGGGUCGCGGCAACGCCAACAACGUCGAUCUCAAUCGCGAUUUUCCCGAUCUCGACGGCGUCUUCUAUGAGCUCGAGAAGAUGAAGGUGCCGAAGUUCGAUCAUCUCCUCGCGUUGUUCGACGACACGCAAGACCGCCAACCGGAGACGUUGGCCGUCGGCCAGUGGACGCUCUCGUUGCCGUUCGUCAUCUCGGCCAACUUCCACGAGGGCGACCUCGUCGCCAAUUAUCCGUUUGACGCGGCGCGCGACGUCGACGCGUCGACCACCGAAUAUUCGGCGUCGCCCGACGACGGCACGUUCCGAUGGCUGGCGAGCACCUACGCCAAGAAUCACGCGCAUAUGGCGAAGAACGAUCACGCGCCGUGCGACGGAACGAGUCAGGACGCGUUCGCGCGACAAGGCGGCAUCACCAAUGGCGCCAAAUGGUACUCGGUGGCGGGCGGAAUGCAAGACUUCAACUAUUUGGCGACGAACGCCAUGGAGAUCACAUUGGAGUUGAGUUGCGAGAAGAUGCCGCCCGGAUCGCAGCUUCCGCAAUUCUGGGACGACAACAAGAAGGCGAUUUUCGAGUACGUGUGGAAAGCGCACAGCGGCGUCAAGGGGAUGAUCGUCGACGCGGUCAGCGGCGAGCCGAUCGCGCACGCCGUCGUCUGGGUUCGCAACGGCACCGACGCGACGCCGAUCCGCCAUCCGGUCACCUCAUCCAUCGACGGCGACUAUUAUCGCAUUCUGCCGGCCGGCAAAUACGAGUUGUUCGUCGCCGCCGACGGCUACGCGCCGACGUCGGCCAACAUCACCGUCGAGAAUAAGGUGCGAGACGGCGCGCUUCGCGUCGACUUCGCCCUUCAGCCGGAGGCGAUCGCCGACGAUCAGCUCGCCGAUAUUGUCGACGAGAUUCAAGCUGAAGCUUAUGAGCCACACGAAGCCGCAUAUUAA